GUUGAAAGUCUGGCGAAUGAGGGAUACCGUCAGUUUGGGUGAAAUUUCCCCUUCUUUAUCUCUCCAAUUGUUCAAGGAGGGACGUUACCUCUGGACUGGUGUCACCGUUACCAAUGUCUGCACAGAAUCCCUGUGUUCAGGUGAAAAUUGAACUAGGGCACCGUGCUACCCUGCGGAAGAAGAAGACACAAGAGGGGUUUACACAUGACUGGGUGGUGUUCGUUCGUGGACCAGAAGGCAGUAACAUCCAGCACUUUGUGGACCGGGUAGUGUUUCACCUGCAUGACAGCUUCCCUAAACCGAAGCGAACUUUGAAGGAGCCGCCAUAUGAAGUGUCAGAAUCAGGUUGGGCUGGCUUCAUACUGCCUCUAGAGAUCCACUUCAGGAACAAAGAGGAACCAAAGAAAAUCCACUUCAACUACGACCUCUUCUUACACCUGGAGGAUCCACCUGUGAAUCACAUCCGUUGUGAAAAGCUCACCUUUCAAAACCCUACGGAAGACUUUCGCAGAAAAUUGCUCAAGGCUGGAGGGCUGCCUGUAAAUGGACCAGGAGAACAUGCGGCUGCUGGGUCUUCUUCCACAAACCUGAAGAUAGGAACCACAACAAACUUCACGGAGCGUUUUGGCCCACCAGCUAGCGUACCUCCUCCACUCAAACCAGAGGCAGCCAAAAAACACAAGCAUGUUUCCUCCAAGGAGAAAAGCUCCAAGUCCCGGGUCAGCUCUGGAAGCUCUUCAGGCUCGACAGGAACCUAUUCCUCCUCCACACCUUCUUCAUCCUCAAAAGAGCACAAAUCCUCCUCCUCCUCUUCUUCAGCUGCUCUAUCCUCUACACCGUCAUCCUCGCUUAAAGAGAAGUCUUCCCCAUCAUCCAAGUCUGCAGCAUCAACACCAUCAUCCUCCUCCAAGGAAAAGUCUCAGUUGAAACGGCCACCAGAAACUUCACCAUCAUCAACAGAUGUUCCCAGCAAGAAGAUGAAGCGGACAUCCUCCAGUUUAGAGAGCAAGUCUAAAGAGGGUAAGGACUACAAGGAGAAGUACUCGUCAAAGGAAUCCCUGAAGGACAGCCCAAAAGAGAAAAGUUCUAAAGAGAGUUCCAAGUCCAAGAAACGACCCCACUCAGAUCAGGAUGGCAAGGACAGAAAAGAGAGUUUGAGUCAAGAUAGCUCCAAGGCAAAGAAACACAAAGACAGCAAACCAAGCUCUGGUAGUGUGAAACCUGAGAAAAGGGAAAAGACUGAAAGUAAACCAAAAAGUAAGCCAUCGAAAGAGCCUGUGGUGGCUGAAGUCAAAGUGAAGCGUGAAACUCCACUUGUUGCCCCAACAAAAGUGGUAGCUCCAGUGAUCAGUGAUGAGGACAGUUGUAGUAGUGUGAGCAGUGUCUCUAGUAGCUCCAGCGUUAGCAGCUCCAGCUCCAAUGCCUCAUCCGCCCCCAAAUCGUUCUCUAAGUCCGGGCUGGAUUCAGUCCUGGCAGAGCUGAGCGAUGACGAUGAAGUGGAUCACUUUGUGUUGCCUCCCGCAAUCUCCCCACCAUCAAAACCAUCCCCCAAUCCGUCUCAGAAUAAGUCCUCUAAUAGUAUUUCUAUCAACAAGUCACCAACGCCCAAAUCAUCCAACAGUGCUUCUUCAAACAAGUCACCUUCCUCAAAACUUUCCACAUCCUCGCACAAAUCCCCUUCUUCCAAAACCUCAGCCAAUUCAUCAGUCUCAAGCUCAUCCAGUUCAUCCAAAUCCAAAAAACCCGGGAACAAAGACAAGCAUGCCUCCCCACUUCCUGACAGUAAGUCCUCAGUCAGACCAGACAAGAAAUCAAAAGACGGCAAAGACAACAGAGAUACCAUGGUGAAGGAGAAGGAGAGCAAAGAAAAACACCGCAGUGAGCAGCGAGAGAAGAAAGAUAGCAACGACCAUGAAGCCAGAGAGAAAGAUGCCAAAGAAAGGUGCAUGAAGGACAAGAACAGCAAAGAGCGUUCGUCCAAGGAAAAGGAUGCCAAAGGCAAGGAGAAAGAGGCAAAAUUGAAGGAUUCAAAAGAUCGUCAUGAUGCCAAGGAUAAAGACAAGACCAGCAAGGAGAAUAAGGUGAGAGGAAGCAGUAAGGAAAGUGAGUCUAGGAUUGGAAAGAGUCAAAAAGAGAAUAAGGAACAGAAAGAAAGUAAGGAACGAAAAGAAGGAAAAGUAUUAGAGAAUGGAGACCUUUCCCACCCGUUCACCAAUGGCUAUGGAGGAGAAUAUUUAAUAGAUCUGGUCGACUUACAGAAGAAGCUUAUGACCACCAAGGACAGAAGACUUCUCCAGCAAGUUGUAAAUGUUAUUGAAGAAACUGGUCUGUAUAAGCUGAGUGAUGCCUCAUUUGACUUUGACUUGUGCUGUUUAGAUCCGCCAACUGUAAAGAAACUGCAGAAAUGCAUAGAUACUGCUGUCGUGUCAUAAAAAUCCUUACGGCCACAUAUAACUAUUUAUUUCACUUUUUAUAUUAUCUUGUCAUUUUCCAAGCUACCUUUUCCUAUAAUGGAGUGUCUUGUAGUACACAUCCAAAAAUCAUUUUUACAAUGAAUUUCUUAUGUCUUUUAAAGCAGCUGACUUCUUGGACUUGAAUUCAUUGCAGUCAGAUCAGUAGAAUUUAUGACAUACUUGUAUUUGUUUUCAGCAAAGUUCUGAAUUUUUUUUCCUGAGAUCUCAGCUGUAAAUAAUUUGUCACUGAUAAGUGUUCUAUGUGAAUGGAAAUGAGGACAUUACGAUUAUGGUGCCAACUUUUACACACAGAAAGUCUGUGAAGUAUUUUUACAUCAUGUUGCAUCAUGUCAAAAGUCGGUAUAUAAUGCAUUAAAUGAAUAACUGUUCUUUUCUUUACUUUUGUGGAUGCCCAAAAACAGUGCUCAUUAGAGUUUGAACUGGAAUUGCUUGCAUUCUUGCAUAUUUUUGUUGCCAUAGGGACUGCCAAACAUUGCUGCUUUAUUGGCACCAAUUUUUCUAUGCAUUUCACUGGGCUGUUCUCUUUUACUCUCAUUGGUAAGGUCUUCUUCACAUCAAUCACAAAUGAAUUAAUAGUAAAAUUCUUUAUCAUUAACCAAGAGUAAUAUUAGGAAUUAAUUAUUCAUUAUAUGAAGGUGAAUAUUUUGUACUUUACACCUAAAGGAAGAUGCCAAAUCGCUGCUAGUUCUAUUGGCGCAAAUGUGAUGACAAUCUAGGGAAUUUUUCCUUGUGUGCUAAUGCAAAUGGCAGACUUAGUCAACCUGGAUAUAAAACUAAGACCUGCAAUUUUUAACACAAGUAUUAGGAGCUUGAGUAGAAAAGCAUGGUAUAUUUGGCAUGUGAUUGCUGGACUAUUCAAAAUAAUGGCUGGUGUUCAGAACGUUCCAGCUGGAAGCUAGGAAAUAGAUGACAUUGAGUCCUAGUUUGAAGGGUUUAGUGGUUAAAAACUUUUACAUAAGUGAUAAGGUGCACCCUUAAUCAACCUAAAUCUAUAUCGCAAUCAGUGCUGGAAGCCAAAGCUGUCUUACUGUUCUUUAGACCCUUUCACUAACAUUAUGUGUCUGUUUGUUGUAAUUUUUUUAAAAUAUGCUUGCAGUUUUUUCUUGAAUUGCUUAAAAUAAGAACAAUUCGAACAGAAACCAAGUAUUUGGGUGUAGACCGAAAUUGUCCACAAUUAAUUUCACACAGUAUACUUCCAGGUUUGAUUGAAGUGUCUUAAGAUCCAUUGUUUUGUGAAAUUAUGCAUGAAAUUUAGAUAUUAAUGUUGGCGUUGAAUGAGUCGGAAUGUCAUGCUAAAUUACCGGGUUUUAGUUUCAGAAGCCUCUUUCACAAAGUUCUAUUGUAAUGGUGCUACUGUGGCUAAGUAGAAAUCCACUGUAAAUCUUGCUGAGAUACUGAUCAUAGUGACUAGUGUACAGUGGCCGACAAUUACGGUUUGCUGCAAAACCCAUAGCUCAGUAAAUACAUUUCGUGAUGGCCUAAAACGUGCGUUGGUGUGCUCCCAAGAGAUUGUGGACAACGGGACUCUAUCAAGGUUAAUUCUGAAGUUGGUGCAAAAUGGUAUCUCUUUGACAUAACGAGGACAUUGUCUUGAGGACAGCCCAUCCACGAAUCCAGUCUAUUGUCGCUUAGAUUCUACAUCUAGUCGUUGCAAAACUACACGAAGCGAAGUGUCACAACAGUUGUUUUGGAUGAGUUAGUCGACUGAAUGUAAAACAUUGUGCUAUAUUUUGUACUAUUUCAAGCUUGUUGCUUAAAUUGCACUCAUUUUACGAAGAAAUACCUGUAUAAAGUUGUACACGUUCAAGUUGUUCAUGCUCAUGCUUGAUCACGCCUGUUUGCGUGCGUGUUCUUUUGUGUGUGUGUGUGUUUAAAUUAAAAUAGUUCCUAUUGGCUUGAUCUGUAUUAUACAAGAGCCAGAAUGACUACCCCUCCCCCCACCCCCGACUUUAACCUCCCAUGCCUGUACCGAAUUCCCAUUAGCUGCACUUGGCGUAGCGGACACAUGGUUGAAUUAGUAGUGCUCUAGUUAAUAUAUGGUGGCAAAUGCUUGUACCAGUACGCAAAUUUUGCCUCCUCUUUUAUUUUUUUAACUGCUAUUUUAAUCAUACACUAUAUAUGUCGGUCAAUUCAAAAGCUUAAUUUCGUAUUUGCUACCAAAAUGAGAAAAUAUCAUUCUGUUAUUUAUGACUAAGCAGCUAGAAUGCAAUGAAUAUCCAAAUAGUUAAUCUUAGCUGUCAGGUUAGUCAAAACCUUUGAUAAAUUUUGUAAUUGUUUUGCUCAGUUCGGUAUAUAAGAAGGCUUGUUGUAACAGCACGAGGAAGAGCUUUUGAUGUGAGCCAAGAAAUGGUUAACGUACUAUUACUUUUGUACAAUACAUGGGCACCUUAAUUGUCAUUGCGGCGGCAUAUACAAUGUAUUUACAAGCCAAGUCAGAUACAUUAUAAAUUGUCCACACUUCGUUCUUCGGCUGCAUUCACAUUGGCAGAUGGGAACAUUUAUUGAUCCAGUUUUCAUCUCAAAUAAAAUUUGAGAAGUUUUCGUGAGGUAAUAUGGUGUGAUCAGAAGGGUGGCAGGCAUGUGAAGGUGGUGUUUUUUGGUGGGAUUUUUUUUAGCCUACAUUUGCAUGUUUAAUGCUUAUACUAAAGUCAAUAACUGGAAAACGACUUUUACUUCGAUAUGUUUUAUUGGAAUCUAUCACCAAUUGUUGUCUAAUUAUUAUCAGUACAUGCAUUGUUUUGUGCCCAAGGCAUUAUGUUGUGUUGUGAAUGGUGGAGUAAGCGGCGUCUUCGCCAGGUCACGUGACCUAAUCCGCCUUGUUCUCGCUGGAUGGCGUCCGUGUGGAGGUUGUGUCUGGUGACAAUAUUGUUGUCUUCCCAACGUCACAUUUGUGUUUAACUUACCGUACUGUGCGAGCCAAGCUCGUUUGUGAGGUGCAGUAAAGUAUUUAU